AAUAAAUUAAAUUACCUAGAAAAAAGAAAAGAAAAACAUGAUGGGCAGUGUUUGUGCUGAGCAGCAGCAACACAAGUUCCACCAUUCCCACCAACUCUUCAAUAACCUCACCAAGAAAUCCCUCCGCGAUAUCGACAUCCCUCCACGUAAGCUCCUCGGCCGCCGCUCCGCCGCCGCCGCCGCCGCCGGAGACGUUUACUCCGACUCCCCCAGGGCGGAGGAUGCCGUUUUCUCCAAGUUCUUGCCGUACAACAACGCGGACGCUGACGAGGACGACGACCCCUACUCCUCCGACCAGUUCCGGAUCUACGAGUUCAAGGUCCGGAAAUGUAAUCGGAGCAGGAGCCACGACUGGACGGACUGCCCUUUCGCCCACCCCGGCGAGAAGGCUCGCCGGAGAGAUCCCAGACGGUACCGUUAUUCUGGUACCGUCUGUUCUGAGUUUCGGAAGGGACACUGCGGCAAAGGGGACAACUGCGAGUUUUCGCAUGGGGUUUUCGAGUGCUGGCUACACCCUUCUCGCUACCGCACUGAGGCGUGCAAGGAUGGGAAGAAUUGUAAACGCAAGGUAUGUUUUUUUGCCCAUUCGACUCGGCAGCUUCGAAUUGUUCCGGAUACUUCCUCUCCUUCUUCGCCGCCGUCUGCGGCGGCGGCGAUGGAUCAUUCUCCGGCGGCCAUGGCGGCGGAGAAGAAUAUGUAUCGUAAUCAGAACUGCUGUGUCUUUUGCCAUUCUGUGACGACGACUGCGUCCCCGACUUCGACUCUGAUGAUGGGCAUGUCCCACCACCUCUCUCCUCCGGCGUCUCCUCCGAUUUCGCCGGCGUACUCGCCGGAGUUUUCGCCGUAUGGGUUUCCGCCGGAGUUUGGUGGUGGUGGUGGGGGGCUGAGCUACAAGGAUGCGAUACUGAACGAGCUGAUGGCUUCUGUGGAGGCGAUGAACAUGAAUGAAGCUGCUCAGGCGGCGGCGAAGAGGAAUCUGCCGUGGCUGGAUGUGAACUUCAGCGCGGAGGAGCACCAGCCGCAGUUUGUGCUGUCUCCUUCAACCCCGACAACACUAGGUGGGCGUGGACAUAGCAAAUUCAUGUCUGGAGAUAGCAAAUUCGUGUCUGGAGAUAGCAAAUUCUACCGUGGAGAUUUUUCUGGAAGGAAUUUAAUGGAGGAUAACAGGUACAACAACAACAAUGAAGGGAAUAUGGUUGGGCCGGAUCUUGGAUGGGUUAAUGAUUUACUCACCUAAAUUAAUUAAUUAAUUAAUAAUCAAGAAAAGAGAAUAUUUUGGACCGUAAGAUCUGGGCCGUUGAUUUUUAUAUAUAUUUGACUUUUGA